AUGGCUCGGACUCGUCGCGAUAGUGGCUCAUCACCAGACGGCGAGUUCACGCCUGCCUUCACCACUUAUCGUGGACUACGCAGGCGUAGGGGCUCAUCUGAGGAUCCCGAGAUCCGCACAUCGAGCAGAGACGAACUCAUACAAUGCAUAAAGCGAGGUCAAAGACCAACGUGGGUGCCGACACCCAACUUCGAAGCUCUUUGUGCUGAAGCGGAUAUCGAGGCAGAGGCUCGGCUGAUAAACGAGCUUGGAGACGGAGGAGUAACAGGCCCAGCACCAGAAACACCAACCAAGCCAUUGUCAGCUCUCCAUACAGGCGACUUUGGUGCAUCAUCUAGCACCUCGGGAAGCCUCCAUGGCGUGCCAAGCGACCCUCGACGGACUACAAGCCCUCCUCAAACCCCUUUCGCCGGUUCGCCGCCCCCAUGGACAGCCGUCACGCCGUUCAGUCGCUUCCAACGAACGAUCUCGGACCCAGCAGGCCUCGAUCGACCGACGACAGACCAACGAAAUCGAUCACGUGCACCGUCGAUCGGAAGCAGUCUAUCGUCAAGUUACAUCAUGCGAACGCCAACGAGUCCGCUGGUACAUGCCACCAGCAAUCUUAGCAUUGACCUCCCAGAUAGCGGCAAUUCAGAUCCGCCAUUGCCCGCAAGCAAGCUUUAUACAUCCCAGGAUGUAGGCCAGGGGUUCACGCCCCCAAGUAUGAGAAGAGAAGCGACCGUCCCGAUGCGGAGCCAUCAAGCUCGGCGAUCGCUGACCUCCUUCACGUAUCAGCCAGCCUCAAGUGCAUCAACAGUCUAUCCAAGACGCCAACGUCGACUCUCACACGCACCUGAAACAUCCUCAUUACAGAGAAACUCUAUGGUCGGUUCGUUUGAGGAGUCCAUUCUUCGAGGUCGGAUGUCAGCAGCACCCUCAAUUCCAUUGCACUUCGUAGCAAAGAUCGGCGUCAGUGGCAGAGGGGAUUGUCCUCCCGGGCUCAAAUGUCCUUCCCAGGUGACAGUUCCGUUCACUGCGGUUUUCUACCACUAUCCAUCGAAUGCAGGGUCAAGAUCCAUAUCAGACGAGAGUCCUAGUCCAUACGUCGGCACUAUCAAUUUACGCGAGCAUUUGAAGACGCCAGUGCAGCCCGGCUCACGGAAGCGACGAUCUCUUGCAAAUGAAAUGGAUGCCACCACGAUUCAAGAUCCGUAUCUGGCUGACAGCCCAUCCAGUGGUAGAGCUGCGUUUCAAACGGAAAAGUCUGCCAUCGGAGGCGCCUAUCGUGUACCUCAACAGGGACAGCUACAGAUCAUCUUGAAGAACCCUGAGAAUACGGCAGUCAAAUUGUUCCUUGUGCCAUACGAUCUUGAUGACAUGAGUCCAGACACGAAGACUUUCGUAAGGCAGAGGAGCUUCUCAACUGGACCCGUCGUGGAGAAUGUGCUCUCCGACAAACCCAUACAGGAUCCUCUCUCGUCAAAACAUGUCUUGAGAUAUCUUAUACAUCUCAAGUUCUGUUGUAUCGGUAAAGGCAAGUUCUACCUCUACGACAGCAUACGAGUGGUCUUCGCAAAUCGGGUUCCGGACGGCAAGGAACAGCUGAAGAACGAGAUUCAGGUGCCAGAACCAAGAUACUCUACGCUUCUCACCAAGUCACAACCGGGAUCUGCGACGGCAUCCAGGCGACAUAGUACGAACGCAUCCUUCUCGCCAUCACCUCUGACCUUUGAUUCGCCUCGAACACUAGACACGCUCGCAGCGUUGUCGCCGUCACUGGUGACUACGGAUUUGGUCCAACAUCGCCUGGCACAGAAUCCAAGUCCAAUAUCGUCACGAAAGGAAAAUGUCAAAUUUCCGGACAUGAUGCAAGCCUCGGGUGGAACAAGCAGCACUUCGAGGCCAACAUCACCAGAAUAUGGCUUCGAACGUGCGUCUGUGUCCCAACGUGGCUCCCCUGUGCCUUGGGGUACUACUAUUGACCUUCAACCACGAAGCCCGUCGCCCGCCUUCAAUGGAGAUGGACUUCUUUCAAGAAAACUUAAAGAGCUUGGACGGCAAAAUGCAAAGAAUGCUGACGUGAAGAAUUUGGGCCAACGACCGUGA